CUCAACACCACGGUCCACCGCACCCCAGAGCUCCACCAGCACCCGCCGCCCUGGUUGACGGCCCUCUGCAUUUCCACCAGCACCAGCAAUUGCGCGAGGCCCCUCACCAACAGCUCCCGCAAUGGAUCACCAGCCCGAGAAGGCCGCUGCAGCUCACGAGCACAGCGCCAGCACGCCCACCGAGUCGUCGCAGACCUACAACGCCGAGGAGGCUGCUGUAGUCCGCGCCUCGACCUCAUGGAAGUACAAGCAGCUGAAGAUCGGCAGCUACAAGUUCCCCUUCUAUGCCUCGCCGCCCGUGCAGCUGGUCAUCGUCUCCCUCGUCUGCUUCAUGUGCCCCGGCAUGUUCAACGCCCUGAACGGCAUGGGAGGCGGCGGCUUGGUCGACAAGUCUGUCGGUGACAAGACCAAUGUUGCCCUGUACUCGACUUUCGCCGUCGUCGGCUUCUUCGCCGGAACCUUCACCAACAAGCUCGGAAUCCGGAUCGCCCUGUCUUUCGGUGGCACUGGCUACGCCUUGUACACUUCCUCGUAUCUCGCCUACAAGCAUCACCACACCACCGGAUAUUCCAUCUUUACCGGUGCCUAUCUCGGUGUGUGCGCCGGUAUCUUGUGGUGCGCCCAGGGCGCCAUCAUGAUGUCCUAUCCCCCAGAAGCCUCCAAGGGCCGCUACAUUUCGUGGUUCUGGAUGAUUUUCAACUUGGGCGCUGUGAUUGGUGGCUUGAUUCCCCUGGGCCAGAACAUCCACACCAAGACCAACUCCGCCGUCUCCGACGGCACGUACAUUGGAUUCCUUGUCCUAACUCUGAUCGGCGCUGGUUUGUCCCUCUGCUUGGUCAAUGCCAAGGAUGUCGUUCGCCAUGACGGCUCCAAGAUUAUUCUCAUGAAGCACCCGUCGUGGAAGUCCGAGCUGCUCGGUCUCUGGGAGACUUUCCAGACGGACCCCUACAUCAUUGCCCUGUUCCCCAUGUUCCUUGCUUCCAACUGGUUCUACGCCUACCACUUCAACGACAUCAACGGCGCCUACUUCAACACCCGCACGAGGGCCCUGAACAGCGUCUUGUACUACUCGAUGCAAAUCGUCGGUGCUUUCGUUUUCGGCUAUGCCCUGGACCUGGAGAGGUUCAGCCGCCGGGCUCGUGCUAAGGGCGGCAUAAUUGCUCUGUUCGUCAUUAUCAUGGCUAUUUGGGGCGGAGGCUAUGCUUUCGAGAAGACCUACACCCGCGCAGACACGAGCGCGACUGAUGCCGACGGCAACCUAACCUUCAAGACCAAGGAUUGGGAAGAUUCUGGCUACGUUGGCCCCAUGUUCCUCUACAUGUUCUACGGCUUCAUUGAUGCUGCGUGGCAGACAUCUGUCUACUGGUUUAUGGGAGCUCUUACCAACAACUCGCGAAAGCUUGCCAACUUUGCCGGUUUCUACAAGGGCAUCCAAUCCGCUGGCGGCGCCAUCACCUGGGCUAUGGACGACCAUGGAGUCUCGUACACGGCCAUGUACGCUUCCAACUGGGGUCUCCUCGUCGGCAGUCUGCUUUGCGCAGUCCCCGUUAUCCUCUGGAAGGUCGAAAACACCACCGCUCUCGAGAAGGAUCUCGCAUUCACCGACGAGACUAUCGAGGACGUGGUUGCCACCAAGAUCAUCCACGAGGACGAGAAGGCUUAAUUUCCCCUCUCUUUCCUUUUCCUACUAAUUCACUUCGUGUAUCUACGGUGUAGUUGAGCGUUUAUUUGAGCAAGCGACUUCCACGCGACACACGAGGCGGAGAAUUUACGAGCGAGCAUUGUCGUUAUGAGAGCACGGUGGGAGUCGUCCUAGAGAGCUGGGCUACAAGAUCUGCUAGAGGGGGUAGCUACUUACAACGAUGCAUCUUAUAUGCGUUAAAGGGUACAUGGUCGGGCUCUAGAGGGAGGAUAGGUCGUGUUCCUUGAUGGCUGGCAAUCGUAGU